UCACAUUGAGACUAUUUACACCGUGGAAAGAUUCACCCGCAUCAACUGCCUUCUAUCGUGUAUUAACAGGACUUCUCUAUUGAAUUAUCUGCCGUGUUAGCGUUUCCCACUCUCAUAGCUUUUCAAUAUUUCCCGGUCCUUGCCCCCUCGUAAAUCAAUGGCAGCGUUCAGACGUCAGUGUUAACAAAGGCAGGAGGGAACAUUAACUACAGAGUGCAGGUGCAACACACAGUUAAUGGAGAGAUCGAACAUCCGGGUCGAUUCACGGCGUUAGACGUGCAUCUUAAGAGAAGAAGUGGGGAUUUUUUUUCCGGGAAGAACGGCUUUUAAUCCCCGCGAUGCUCUCCGAGGAGAGAUUGGGCGCGCCGCGGCGCAAACUGGAGUGUUUUAAACUGACCAAAGGCCGAAAGUGAAACAUCUUAAGAGUGACGACGCGCCCUUCUCCCUUAAAAUGGAAGGAGAGCCGGGACCAGCGGACGUGACAACGCUAAGGAAGUUCGUCAGAGAGCGUUCUAAUUCCUUCCGAGAUUGGUGGAGAAGUAAGCGCGCCCCCCACCUGAGAGAGGGUGGCAAGAGUAAAUCCGAGGAUGGAUUCAAGCAGACAGCAAGCACAGGCAACAUGGCAAGCCAGUCAGAACCUGGCGGCGGUGGGGGCGGGAUUUUCUCCAUCGGAGGAACGGCUUCUUCUCCGCCCCCCUGGACCAGUCUAUCAGAGGAAGUGAAGAGGAAGCUGGACGAGAUCGAGAAUAAACCAAGGAGUAUGACAGAAAUGGUGACGGACCCUGGGGAUGCUGGGAAUGGAAAGAAGAAAGGACGCCAGGUGGUACAACCCAAGGGUACCAUUGUUUAUGAGGUGAGAGAUCGAGACUCUUUGACAAGCAUUGCUGCUAAGUUUGACACCACUCCUUCUGUACUGGUGAAAAUCAACAGACUGGUGACUAGAGUUGUAUUUCCAGGGCAGAAUAUAUUUGUCCCAGACAAGGACUACGUCCCCAGUGAACCUACCUCGCCAGUGGAGAGUCCGACAUCUUCUGCUACAUCCAACCCUUUGAAGAUUGCAGUAGGUCGUGUGGAGCCAGAUCUUCACACGCCAUUACGAAGUCCUGGACAUGCUGAGAGAGUAUUUCCAUCAUCACCGCCGCAAGAGGUCCACGAGAUUGAACCUCCUAAGCCACUCUCUGAGGAUGAGGCCAAGAAACUGGAUGAGGAAUGUUAUGAAAGAUUUAUCAAGCUCAAUGUUCGAUAUAUAACAGAUGGACAGGGAGUGGUCAAGGGCGUCCUGCUGGUCACCCCCAACGCUGUGAUGUUUGACCCAGAUGUCAGUGACCCCUUGGUCCAGGAGAACAGUCCAGAAAUGUACGGCAUGAUCGCUCCCAUGGACAUGAUCAUCAGUGCCGCCAUGUACCAUGACAUUUCUAUUAUGAAGUUGAAAGGGGAGGCAGUAGGUAUGAAACCCUCUGCCAAGGUGUACCAUGCUCCCGACUGUGCAAUACACAGAGCUGACCAAUCAGAAUCCGAAGCCGCAGAGGUCACGCCACCAACCAGCCAAUCAGAACCCAUCACAGAAGAAGACAUAGCUGAUGCAAAAAUCAAGGAGAAAAGAGACAGAUUUAAGCGAGCAAGAACAGUUAGCGCAUGCUCCUGUGGGGCCGAAAGGAUUGUUUCUGAAGCUCUAGAGAAAGUUCGUAGAAGUUCCAUAGACCAUGCGGGGAUAUCUCCCAAGGUUCACGAUGGUCAUAGUCACAAUGACAAAAAUGAAGAUGGGGAUGGCAAAAAUUUAGUGCAAAUUACCACAGUAAUGAGUACGGAAGACAAAAGCACAGGUUCAGUAACUGGUUCCAAUGUAGGUGCAUCAGAAGCAGCUACAACUCAGUCAGAUAGCUCUGUGAUAUCCCAAGAUUCAAAGACAAAAAUGUCCGACGUUGCCAAAGCCAAUGACUCAGCAGAUUUCGACCCUCUCCAAAGCAGCAAUAGCUUGGAGCAGGAGGUCCAUUUGUCAGAUAUUAACGAAGUUCCUCUGGUCAAGCAAAAAGACAUCCCUCACCAUCACCAUCACCAUCACCAUGUGGGCCCUCACGUAACUGACCAUAAUCCCGUGGCGCCCCCUGAUGAUCCAAUCCCAGAAGUCUCUGAAGCAGAGGACAUUCCUCUGGAGCAACUGGUGAAGGACGACCACGAACUGAGCUUCCAUAGUGAGAAAGACAAUGGUGAUGAUGUCGACGAUGACUUCACAGACUCUCUCCAGAAAGAAGACGGCCUGACGUAUCCACUGGAAGGUAAGAUGAAUGAAUGUGCAGAGAGCGAUCCAGAGAAUGUCCUCUUUUCGUUGGGUUCUAGCGCUGAUAGUGGAGGAGGGAUGCCAACCAAUCAGCUUGAUUUCUCGCCAUCGCCCCAAAGGAAAUUAAGCAACAUACUUUACUAUGUGCAUGAUAAUGAAUUGAGGGAGAAAGGGACUCAGAUCCGAUCAAGGUCCAAUAAUGUAGGCCAAGGUGAAGGUCAAUUAGGUGACUAUUCAAUAUCAGCCCCUAGCGACAAUGUCAAAAAUGGUGGCGAUGCCAUUCAUGAUAAUUGUGGUAUUUGUGAUUAUUUGCCUAAAACGGACACUGCCUAUAGCGUGCUAGAGCUUCUUGACCCAGAUAACCCUGCUGCACCGAUCUCACAAUCCCCUGAUAAGCAACCAGCGAUCUUUGGGUCGUGGGUCAGCCUUUCUAGUAACCCCAAUCUUAGCACCUUUGUAGAUUUCUCCAGCGGGAUGUUCUCCAGUAGCAAGCAGGACCGAGGACGGGUCCAGGAUGUGCACGAUCUCGAAGAGCACGUGCCGCAAAACUACGAACAACGUGACAGCAGCUGUGAUGGCUUUGUUCGCAAAACGGCCAAUACGUUAUGGUAUCAGCGUCCUCCUACUGAUACAGAAACACACAGUGGUGAGGCAAAUAGAGGGUUUGGGUCAUCUGGUCGGUUCAAGAAAGGUUACCAGCGGUCAUCGUCAGGGGUGGACAUCGAGGUGGAAAGUCUGGUCAAAGUUGAAGACCGUCCAGAGCUGUUUAAGUCCAUUGAUGGUAAGUGGUCAGUCUGGCUGCCCAGGGGGACAGGUCUCAAGUGUACAGUUUUUGUCAAAGGUCUUAUGUCAUGUUUUGUUGAUCUUAAGUUUAUUUUUGUAUAUGUUUUGUAUUUUUGUUUCCCCAUUCCUACAAACUCCAUUCCAGAUCUCCUCUUCAAGUGUGCCUCUCCCACCAGCUUGGAUGAGCCUCCGUUAUAUCUGUGUCUAAAGGUGGGAAUUCCCAUCAACAAACCCGUCUCCAAGACUUGCCCCAUUGAGUCCUACAGCAAGAAGAAGAAGAAGCCUGAAUACUGGUUUGCCAUACCUAGGGACAAGGUGGACCACUUGUACGCAUUUUUCAUCCAAUGGUCUCCGAACAUCUACGGAGACGAGUCUGACAUUGACCCUCAGGAACGAGGCUUCGUUAUGAUCGGUGAGGACGAGGAGGAAGAAGAGCUGGCGCUGGAGGAGGAGCACUUUGUCACGCCAUCGAAACGAAUUCCAAGACGAUUAACCCGAGUUGUCUCCAAGGAUUGGGAGGUGGUAAGCAUGGACGAGGCUCGCAGACGUCUGGAGGCUCUAGAAGUAGAAGACAUGUUACCAUUGCCAGAGCUGAUAGGCAAGUCUGCCAUUCUAGAAGAGGAGCACAUUAAAGCUCUGAACAAGAAACUUCCCCCUAGGGCGGAGGGUUACCCCUGGACUCAGGUCUACAGUACAGAGCAGCAUGGUUUUAGUCUCCACACACUGUACAGACUCAUGCAGGGACUGGACAACCCAGUGAUGAUUGUAAUCAAAGAUACAGAUGAACAGAUAUUUGGGGCCCUGACAUCUGACCCAAUCAAAGUGAGCGAUCAUUUCUACGGCACUGGGGAGACGUUCCUCUUCACCUUUUAUGAGGAAUUCAAGACAUACAAUUGGACGGGAGAGAACACAUUCUUUGUGAAAGGAAAUCAGCACAGUCUGGCCAUAGGAGCAGGAGAAGGUUUAUUUGGUCUGUGGCUGGAUGAGGACUUCUAUCACGGAAGAACCCACUUCUGUCAGACCUUUGGCAACGAACCCCUAACUAUAAAAGAGGACUUUGUUGUGAAAAACGUGGAAGUCUGGGCGUUUCUCUUUGAUUGGCGAUAGCUACAUGUGUAACAUACUACCCAUAUGCAGCAGGACACUUGUAAAUAGGUCACUAUGAUUCUAUUAAUAGAUUGUAUAUAGGUCACUGUGAUGCUAUUAAUAGACUUCAGGAGGAUGGAUAAUGUCCAGUGCUAUGUAGGCAAGGAAGUGAAUAAUUCCAAAAUGGCUGUCAUGUUCCAAAAUGGCCACCUUGCUUGUCUUUCAUCUUUGUGCCAUGUGUUAGUGCUGGUGAAGGUAUUUUAUUGAAUUGUUCAAGUGAAGUACUUCAGUGUAAGUUUAUUGCACUCUUCUGGAGAGAUAAGUAAUGUCUGCAUCACAGCACUCCCAUUUUUUUCUUUUUUAAUGGAAGCACUGCUCAAUGUAUUAAGUGUGUAUUGAUGUGGAAAUAAUUCCUGAUUUGCCUAGCUGGAAUUUUAGUACAUCCUGACAUGGUGAACAGACUGUGCUUUAUCAAGGCUUUAUCAAGGCUCCACUGGAGAAUAACAGAUUUUGAGGAGAGGGGAAGGACAGGUUGCUCAAGAUCAGUGAUGGUCAGGUGGUCAGAGGGUGGGUCUGGUCACAUAUUUGGCUAUGUUAACAAUUUUCUUUUAAAGUUGACAAGCAGACAAGAACGGAUCUCAGAGCUUAUAGCUUCUAGAGGUAACCAGUCGCUUUUAUGGCCAGUUCCUUCCACCAACCUAGAACUUUUACAGGGUUUGAACACUGCUGCUGUUUGUCAUUCACUUAUGAACUUUUAACAAAGAUUGUGUGAGUGAAGAGACAAUAUUAAAUGGUGUCCAUAGGACAAAAAAGAAUUUCUGAAAUCCAUAUUCAUAACAGUUUGUAGAUGCAAGAUGCAAUGCAGCAAAUAUGUCUGCAGUUUAUCCAAGAAAUCGGAGAUGGUGUUGAAUACAUAUACCAAGUAUUAACAGUAAUUUCAGUAUGUGUGGUUAAAUUCAAUUAAUUCAAACAACAUGGAGCAAUAAUCCCAGGUGGGGCUUUGGACAGUGUUUGGUACUUAGAAUGUAUCUCUACCACAUUAUGUUCUUUUAAUUGCAAGAACGCCAAGCUUUAAGAUGACUUUGGGUUGGCAGUGACCAGGUUCUUCAUAUAUUAUUAGGGAUUUAGAGACACCUGUCUGCCAAGAAGACAGACUUGUGGAGAAACAUGAAGCUGUGUGUUUGGAGAGACAUGAAACUGUCUUUGUGGAGAGACAAGAAAGUGUUAUUGCCUUCCUGUUAUUAUUACUAUCAACAAUCCAAAAACUUGGGAGCAUGUACAAAUGAAUGAGUCAAAUUUUCCCUUGGAAUUGAGUAUUCAGUGUUUCAGGUACAAAGCAUGGUGUUCCUGUUGUUAUCCCUACAGUUAAAAUUAUUAAUGUUGGUUUCUAAGACAUGAAGAUAUACAGUACAUUGUUAAAUGUACAGAAUGUGGACACAGAUGUUAAGUAUUAUAGUACAAAUUGUAAGAUAUCCAAGAUCUUCUAAUUUUUUUUAGUGAAAGGAGGAUUGCCUAAGAUUUAGACAAAGCUUAUUUCACUCCAAAUUUACCUUUUAAGUUUUUAUUUUAUGCAUUGGAUUAAAAUAGGCAAAAAGUAUUCAAUUUGCAUUAUGGCUUUCCACAUCCUUUGCAGCUUAUGGGCACAAAGGAUAAAUAUGAAAUCCAAUGCUACAUGGUAAAUAUUAUAAUAAUUUAUUAUGUGUAAUGAAAAAAUGUUCCCAUAUUUUAAAGUUGAUACACCGUUAAAGCAUGGAAGGAACACUGGUAGGUGUAACAUGCAAUUACAUUUAACUGGCAGUUAAUAUGUUUAAGUGCCGAUUGAAAUCCCGCUGAUCUUGACCAUCGGUGCCACCUAUAGUUCACAAAUAUCUGGCAGCAGUCAAGAAUUUUGGUGCAAGUGUCAUUCUAGUAUUUGUGCAAUAUGUGCGGUGUAUAGUUAUACUUUAGGCCUCACAAAUUUGCUGAGUUGAUUAAUGAGUACAAGCGACCCAAAUUUUGAGAAAUUGGAGUUUUUUCGCUUUUUUUUUGCAAAUUAAAAAUUGCAAUUUGCAUUAAUUUUGUCGGAAAAAAAUUAUACCAUUUUGUUUCUGCUCAAAUUGCCCACACUGGAUUUGCUAAUUCUUCCCCUUAUUAUAUGGAUCCUGAUUACAUAUUAUAUGCAUGUUAACCAACUCUGCACUUAUGUUUGGCCUAAAAGGAGAAAUGUUUGUCGGAAAUAUGUUAACAAUUGCUUCAAUGUUGUUGUUGAGGUUAUUCACCAUUAAAAUGCUUCAAUAUUAAAUUUGUUGGUUUAUAUUUUCUUUAGGCAGCAAGAGAGAUGUAGUCACAAACACUU